UGGUAGUACAAGAAAGAAUAAACGAGUCUACGGCCCGCGUAGUUUAAACGCAGCUUCCGGGUUCUGAGGCAGCUUUAUAAACCGCUCAUAUCCGUCAAAUCCAUCACCAAACAUAACACAAGGAUGCAGAUUUUCGUCAAAACCCUAACCGGAAAAACCAUCACUCUCGAAGUCGAGAGUAGCGACACCAUCGACAAUGUCAAAGCCAAGAUCCAGGACAAAGAAGGUAUCCCACCAGACCAACAGAGGUUGAUUUUCGCUGGAAAGCAGUUAGAGGAUGGAAGAACACUUGCUGAUUACAACAUCCAGAAAGAGUCAACACUUCAUCUUGUUCUGAGAUUGAGAGGCGGAACGAUGAUCAAGGUUAAGACUCUUACCGGGAAAGAAAUUGAAAUUGACAUCGAGCCAACCGACACAAUUGAUAGGAUCAAGGAAAGAGUUGAAGAGAAGGAAGGAAUCCCCCCUGUCCAGCAAAGGCUGAUAUAUGCUGGGAAACAGCUUGCAGAUGACAAAACAGCAAAGGACUACAACAUUGAAGGGGGUUCUGUUCUUCAUCUUGUUCUUGCAUUAAGAGGUGGCUGUUAAAUGAAAAAAGAUGAUGCCUCCUUCUAUGAAAGCUAUGGCAUAUGAAACUUUUACAUAAUUGAGCUCUCACACUCUAUGAUGAUAUUCCAUGUGGUAUUAUCUGAUUCUCUUAUUGACAAUGUUGUUUCUCUUUUAUUUCCAUUUGUACUUCAAUUGCUGCUUUUUUGCAUCUGCAUUGGAAUAACUUCUGUUCACUGUAAUGCAUUCUUGGUUUUAGAUGUACUUUCUGUAGUUGGUUUUA